GAUCAUUUGCAUAUGCUUGGGCUAUGGAUGAGAGCACUGAUGAGAGGGAGCGUGGCAUUACAAUGACUGUGGCUGUAGCAUACUUUGACACCGAAAAAUACCGUGUAGUUUUGGUCGACUCCCUUGGUCACAAAGAUUUUGUUCCUAAUAUGAUAUCUGGCGCUACACAGGCUGAUGCAGCUGUCCUAGUUGUUGAUGUAUAUAGAGGCUCAUUUGAAGCAGGUAUGGGUGUUAAUGGGAUUGGUCAGACAAAGGAGCACUCACAACAUAUUAGGAGCUUUGGUGUUGAGAACUUGAUAGUUGCUGUUAAUAAGAUGGAUCUGGUGGGAUAUUCGAAAGAGCGGUUUAGUUUUGUGCAAUUGCAACUUGGUAUCUUUCUUCGAUCAUGUGGGUACAAAGACUGUUCAAUCACCUGGGUCCCUUUGAGUGCAAUGGCAAACGAAAAUUUAGUGACAGCUGCUUCAGAUUCUCGUCUUUUAUCAUGGUACAAUGGAAAUUGUCUGCUGAAAGCCAUUGACUCAUUACCUCCUCCUCAUCGUGAUGUUUCAAGGCCACUACACCUUCCAAUAUGUGAUGUUAUUGCAUCCCACACACUGGGGCAAGUGGCAGUUUGCGGUAAAGUAGAGACUGGAGGAAUCCGAACUGGUUCCAAGGUUCUUGUCAUGCCUUCUGGAGAUUUAGCUACAGUAAGAACCAUUGAGCGGGAUUCCUCUAGCUGCAACUUGGCUCGAGCUGGGGACAACAUUGCUUUUGGUUUGCAAGGGAUCGAACCUGGUCAUGUUGUGUCAGGUGGAGUUCUUUGCCAUCCAGAUUUCCCCGUGCCCGUCGUGUCUUCCUUAGAGCUGAAAAUUCUGGUUCUAGAAAUCACUAUGCUAAUACUGGUUGGCCUUCAGUUUGAGCUGCACAUACAUCAUGCGAGGGUGUCUGCAAGCUUGGUUAAAAUACUGUCAUUGUUGGACCAGAAGACUGGCAAGGCCUCUAAGAAAAGGCCACGGUUGCUCACUACGAGGCAGGCUGCUAUAGUUGAAGUAAAGCUGGACAAAGAAGUCUGCGUGGAAGAAUUCUCAACACUGAAGGCCCUUGGCCGAGUGUUCCUGCGAUCUCAGGGCAACACCAUUGCCGUGGGCAUUGUGACCCGAAAACUGGAUCAGGCUUAGACCCCUGGGUUAACCAGACAUCUAAUGUGCACGGCGUAUGUAUUAUGCUACCAGCUGCUGCUCGAUAGAUCUGAAUUGUGUAGUUUGGAGGAAGGAUCUGGUCGUGUAGCACCUAGCUACACGCGGCUGUAGUACCACCCGAUAUCAGUAACGUCAAAAUGCAGAAGAUUGGUAACUUCAUCGCAGAGUUUUCAGUCAUC